AUGUCUGAAGCGAAGUCAAGGCCCAGGGACUCCGCCCUUGGGGUUUUCAAAGAGAUCUUCAAUUGGUACCCGUCUAAUUAUCCAUCUGAGGAGAGAAGGUUGCUGUUCAAACUAGACUUGUCAAUCUUGGUGUUUGCUUGUCUAUGCUUCUUUGUAAAGUACUUAGAUCAGACAAAUAUCAGCAAUGCCUACGUCAGCGGCCUCAAGGAAGAAUUCGCCCUUUACGGGAAUGAACUAAACUACUUCAAUGUCUGCUACUUCACAGCCUAUGUCGUUUUUCAGGUUCCCGGCCUCCUGUUGAUGUCCCGUCCAAAACUGGCUCGAUGGCUACUUCCGGGACUAGAAGUCCUGUGGGGGAUCUGCACCUUCGCCCAAAGCCGUGUGACCAGUGUCAACCAGAUUUAUGCUCUACGUUUCCUACUCGGCAUGCUCGAAGCACCCGUUUUUGCUGGAACACAUUUCAUUCUGGGCUCCUGGUAUUCAGGUCCAGAGCUUUUCAAACGUGCGGGAACAUGGUUCAUCUGCAAUGCACUUGGUACCAUGGUCAGCGGCUAUCUUCAGGCAGCCGCCUACACCAAUCUCUCAGGGGUAGGUGGUAUGCCAGGAUGGAGAUGGUUGUUUAUUAUUGAUGGCAUCUUCACGAUUCCCGUAGCCCUGAUUGGGUUCUUCGUCUUUCCGGGUAUCCCCGACUCUCCGCGGCCCUUCUAUCUAACGGAAAGCGACGUAAACUUAGCCAAAGAAAGAUUGCGCAGAGCGAAGAUCCGUCGACCUGGAAAGUUGAACUUAGAUGUCUUCAAGCGCAGCUUGAAGCGCUGGCACAUCUGGGUUUUUAUUUUCUGUUAUGCAUGCAUGAUCAUUUCAUCCUAUCCCAUGGGCUACAUGAAUCUGUGGCUCAAGGCUGAGGGUUAUUCAGUCACUCAAAUCAAUCAGCUACCAACGGUUACCUAUGCAAUUAAUAUUGUUGCCUCGUGGCUUGGGACCACGCUUGCAGCCAUCUACCCCGAAUGGGUCAUUUUCUCGAUUGGCUCUGUGAGCUGUUUCUUUUCUGCGAUCUGUAUGAUUGUCUGGUUCAUUCCCACGGGCUUAAAGUUCGUUGCUUGGUAUCUCUUUGGUGUCUCUGGCUGCUUGAGUCCCAUCCUGUAUUCUACUGUGAAUACAAUUGUCAAAGAUGACUCUGAAGAGCGAGCAUUGAUUUUGGGAUCGAUGAUGACCUUUGGCUACUCCUUCAACAUUUGGGUCCCACUUUUACUGUUCCCAACUGCAGGCCCCAACGGCGCCCCACGUUGGAAGAAAGGGUGGCCUGUGGCCUUUGUGUUUUACUUCCUGCUCUGGGCAGGAUUCAUGACGGCUAUUAUCAUCCACCGGCGUGAAAAAGGGAAGGAAGCUGCCGUGUCGGCCCAGGAAAGUACAGACGAGGACGUGGAAACUAUCAUUGUUGACCGGGAUGCGCAUGGUAAAGCCGGUUCAAAUGACUAG